GACAAUACAGAAGAUUGCUGGCCACAUAGUACUACUAUAUUGCAAUGAAGGUCAAGCCUUCGCAUUUACACGGUAACGUGUCUGAGGAGUUAACACCAAACAAGGGCCGACUUCGUCAUUUGUCAAGUCAAGAGGGAGAGGUUAAACACUAAGUUCCAUCCUAUUCUUGUCCAGUCGGGUAAGCUUCAUCUAUAAUAUCAGAUCACUGGUUCAAAGUUUUGCCCUGGAAGUGGUAGUUUCAAGCUAAGCAAUCAUGGCUGGCAGCAGAGAGCAGGUCAAACCCUUAACGCCACUAUCGUUCACUAACUCUAGCAGCGACGAGCAUCAAGCCAUUUUUAUCAACGACGAUCGCCUCAUCAAGUCUCGAAGACGAAGGUACGUCCAGUGCUGUGGAUGCGCCACAGCCAUCGUGCUGGUCAUAGUCGUCACCUUCUUAAUAUUUAGUUUCACUGUGUAUAACGUUAAAGAGCCCCGGCUGAGUCUGAACGGUGUAACUGUUUUGAAUUCCACUCGAAGUAACGAUGCCAACAUGACUCUGAUAGCUGAUGUCUCAGUCAAGAAUCCCAACGUCUUCACCUUCAGGUUUGGCAGCAGCACCACCACACUUUACUAUAACGGCACUGGGAUUGGAGAAGGGAGGACGCCGCCGGGCAAGGCCUUGGGUAGAAAGACGAUGAGGCUGAACGUCACCGUGGAGAUCGUGACAGAGAAGCUCAUGGAGAACCCAAGCCUGAGGAGCGGUUUGAUCAGAGAAAAGGCUCUAAAUAUUAGCAGUUAUACCAAAGUAGGUGGCAACGUUAAAGUGCUGAAUCUUAUUAAAAGGAAGGUUGAGGUGAGUAUGAACUGUACUGUGGUAUAUAACAAAACCAGCGGGUCAACUCAUGCUGAGGCUUGCUUCACCAGCAUUGGUUUCUAGGCUUUCACUGUUUAAGGGUUAUUGUUUGAGAAAAAAGAUGUAUUAUGUCCCCUGUUCUCUCUAUGGGACCCAUGUCUCUGGCUCUGGGGUGGGUCUGAUCAGCUAAGAUAGACCAAAAAGAAAAGACCUUCUUUGUUUAAUAAUCAAGAAAGAAUGUAAAUUAUUUGU